AUGAUGGAGGAAAAGAACAUAGAGGUGUUGUGUGUGCAGGAAACGAGGUGGGCAGGUAACAAAGCUCUGGAAAUCAGUAAAGGUUACAAGCUCUUCUAUAAUGGAACUGUGAAUGCCAGAAAUGGUGUGGGCAUAAUACUCUGCCCUGAGCUGAAAGACAAAGUUGUUAGUGUUAAUAGAAAGACUGAUCGCACUAUGUCAGUAACAAUCGUCAUCAAAGGAGAAUGUUGGACCAUGGUCUCCUGUUAUGCACCUCAGGUGGGAUGCGAUAAUGAUGAGAAGUUUCUGGAGGGGACUUGGACAGUGUUGUGCAGGGGAUAG